AUACCAUCCCAACUCCUAAACAAGACUUUCUAUCACAGCCAACCCCACAAAUAAUCACUAACAAGAAGCUCAGAAUCUAUCUUCAUCGUUUAGCUUCCGUUGAGCAGCGUGUUCGUAGCAUUCAAGCUAAAAUAUACAUUUGCAAUGAAGAUGCUCGUAAAUAUUAUGAGACAGACGGCAUGGAUGUUUCUGAGAAUGAAAGAGAACAAUUAAUAAAACGAUAUGAAUCAAUAAGCAAUGAUUUUGUUUAUGUUUUUCAAGAAUGGGAAGAUGGAAAAAGGGCUUUAAAAGAUGUAACUGAGCUAAUACCGGUAGAACCGGAUUUAAGCUCCAGUCGUCAGUCUCUUGAAGAAGAUACAGAAACUUUACAAGAUGAAAAUGACCAGGACGAAAAUCGUUCGGAAAAAACGCUUAUCAUUGAUUGGUCGCAAAUAGAUGAACCUUUAGAUAUAUUAGAACAAGUAUUUGAAGCCGAAGCUAAGGUUGAAUAUGUAACUAAGACUAAAUCAGAAGAGUUAGACUUGAUACAGCAAAAGUUAUCUUCAGAAAAUAAGGUUCUACAGCCCUCUCCUGAAGGAUUUAAGCUAAUACAAAUGCACGGAUCUAGAGUGGCUGUUGCAACAAAUUAG